UUUUGCUUACAAACAAGUCGCGUCCCUCACGGUGAAGAAGAGCCCCGCACGCCGCCGGCGCCGCUUGUGUCACCGAGGCCGCGCUCCUCCGCACAUCUGCGCCGGGAUAGCAGGGAAGCAUCUUUUAAAACACUCUCCCGGAUAUUUACCUGGCUCUUUUUUUGACUCCUCGUCACUAAGACAACUUCCUCGUUGCUGAACGAGGACGCGGCGUCGUUGACCCAUCAGAAAAUGAGUUUCGGGGCGAGCUGGUGAACCAGCGGUGGACACGAGGCGAGAGGACCAGCAGCCGCUGUCAGGCCUCCCUGAGACUGCAGAGCCGUCGACCAAUCAUGAUGAGCGUAGAAAAUGACGACAAGCGGACUCGCACUCGAUCUAAAGGAAUUCGAGUUCCCAGCGAUCUGGUUGGACAGGAGCUGAGCUGCCCCACGCCUGGAUGCAAUGGCUGCGGUCAUAUCAGUGGCAGAUACUCACGACACAGAAGCAUUCUGGGCUGCCCCGUCGCCAGAAAGCGCCGCCUGGAGGAGGCGGAGUCCGGACAGGAGCAGGAAGCGGAGCGCUCGGCGUCCAAGAGGAAGUCCCACCCCCUGAAACUGGCCCUGGACGAGGGCUUCAGCGCGGAAAGCGACGCCAGCAGCGAGGCCGACGGAGACGGCGAGAGGGAUGGAGAGAGCAAGGAGGACGAGGACGAGAAGAAGACCGAGGAAGACCUGACCCCUGGAGAGGAAGAGGAGACGCAGAAUGGACAAGAAGAAGAAGAAGAAGAAACACAGAAGGACACGCUUGUCGCAGCAGAAGAAGACGAGUGUGUCAUCAUCGAGGCGAGGCAGGAAUGUCCGUCGCCCUCCCAGAACGCGGAAGAAGUGGCCAACUCUCUCCUCCACCUCGGCCGAGUGCCCGCCAGCGACGACGGCGCUCCAGCUGUGGCCGUUGCCAUGGAGACUGGGGGGGAUGUCACACUGGCUGCCGAAGAGGGCCAAAAGGUAGACGGGGAGCAAGAUGGAGAUAUGGCCGACACGGAGGAAGCAGGAGUAGGUCAGGAGAUGGAAGAGGAGGACGCGGGACAGCCUGACCAGGUCCACCAGGAUCCCGCGGCGGACCAAGACCAGGAGACGGCGGCGCGGCACAUGUCGCUGACUCCGGAAGAGGACGAAGACGAGGACGUGAAGGAGCCAACUGCCGUCUGCACCAUCACUAGCAUCACAGCAGCUCAGGGAACAAACAUGAAGACUGAAGACCCCAGGGUCUACAAGGCCCACCAGGACUACAGCCUGACUGGGACCAGUCCGCUGGGCGCGCUCCACAACUACAAGGCCAGCCCUCUUCUGAAGUACAUCUCCCACAUGGUCAGUCCGCUGGAGGACUACUCGCCCAACGGCAACUUUCACAUCCACAAGAUGUCUCCUGUCGCCUCCCCGGACAUCAUUGAGCUCCACUCCGACAAGUCCGAGGACAAGGACUUGGACCAGGGCGACGACGACGACGAGGACAGCCUGUCCCAGCGCUCCGCCGUCACCGACGAGUCGGAGAUGUUCGAUAUGACCCGAGGGAACCUGGGUCUCUUGGAACAAGCCAUCGCUCUCAAGGCGGAGCAGGUGAAGCCCGGCGGGCCCAGGGAGCUCCUGGGCGUGUCCGACAUCCAACAUCAGAGGUACUUCACCUUGGAAGACCGGCCCAAGCACCUGGACGUCAUCAGGAAGAGCUACUUCAAAGAGAGCAGUCGGCCGGAGAAACGGGAGAUCAAGUGUCCCACUCCGGGGUGUGACGGGACAGGUCACGUGACCGGCCUGUACCCCCACCAUCGCAGCCUGUCAGGAUGUCCCCACAAGGACAGGAUCCCCCCUGAAAUUCUGGCCAUGCAUGAGAAUGUGCUGAAGUGUCCAACUCCUGGCUGCACCGGCCAGGGUCAUGUCAACAGCAACCGCAACACACACCGCAGCCUUUCGGGAUGCCCCAUUGCGGCGGCCGAGAAGCUGUCCAAGAACCACGACAAGCAGCUGUCCCUGCCCGCCGGUGACCUCCUCAAAGGAAGCCCCAAUGACCGCGUGCUCAGGCCCAUGUGCUUCGUGAAGCAACUGGAGGUGCCGCAGUACGGCUACCGGCCCAACGUGGCGCCCAGCACGCCCCGCGCCAACCUGGCCAAGGAGCUGGAGAAAUAUUCCAAGGUGUCCUUCGACUACGCCAGCUUUGACGCCCAGGUAUUCGGGAAGCGCAUGCUGGCGCCAAAGAUGACCGCCAGCGAAACCUCACCCAAAGCCUUCAAAACGAAGCCGCCGCAGUUCCCCAAGUCGUCCUCGCCCGGCCUCAGCCUCCACGGCUACGGCAAACCCUCCCCCGUGGCCUACGACUACUCCCACGAGGCCGAGGCCGCGCACAUGGCCGCCACCGCCAUCCUCAAUCUGUCUACGCGCUGCUGGGAGAAGCCCGAGAACCUCAGCACCAAGGGCCCAAACAAGGAAAUGGACAUAGAGGUGGAUGAGAACGGCACCUUGGACCUGAGCAUGAAGAAGCCCAUCAAACACGAAGGCAGCCUGUCUGGCACCAGCCCGGGCGUUCGCUCGCCGGACCCUUCCUCCUCCUCCUCCUCCUCCUCCUCGUCCUCGCUGCGUGGGAGCAGCGGGAUGACAUCACCCAACCUCCUGGGCUACAAGCAGGAGGAGUGGGAGGGGCCUCUGGACUUCACCAAACACAACCGCCAGAGGGAGGAGGAAAUGGACGAGAUGGACCACGGCGGACAGUCCUACCUGUCCUCUGACCCCGAGGACAGCGACUUGAUGCAGGACGGCGUAGAGGACAGGAAGUACCCCGGAGAGGUCACCACCCCAAACUUCAAGAUCAAGUUCCUGCCCAAGGACCCCAAGAAGGAGCUGCUGUCGUGUCCCACACCUGGCUGUGACGGCAGCGGUCACAUCACGGGGAACUACGCGUCUCACCGCAGUCUGUCUGGGUGUCCUCUCGCCGAUAAGAGCCUCCGGUCCCUCAUGGCGGCCCACACCCCUGAACUCAAAUGUCCCACCCCAGGAUGUGACGGCUCAGGUCACAUCACAGGAAACUACGCCUCUCACAGAAGUCUCUCUGGGUGCCCGCGUGCCAAGAAAAGUGGAAUUAAAACUCCUACCAAGGACAACCAGGAGGACUCGGAGCUUUUAAAAUGUCCGGUGCCGGGCUGCGACAGUCUGGGCCACAUCAGCGGCAAGUACGCCACGCACCGCAGCGCCUACGGGUGCCCGCUGGCGGCCCGCAGGCAGAAGGAGGGUCUCCUCAACGGGACCCCCUUCAACUGGAAGGCCUUCAAGACCGAGGGACCCACGUGUCCCACGCCGGGAUGCGACGGCUCGGGACACGCCAACGGCAGCUUCCUCACGCAUCGCAGCCUCUCAGGAUGCCCCAGAGCUUUGUAUGCCAAGAAGAAAGCCAAGUUUCCCUCAGAAGAAUAUCUGAGUACCAAGUUCCGGGCCAGUGAUGUUCUCGACAGCGACGAGGACAUAAAGCAGCUGAACAAAGAAAUCAGCGACCUCAACGAGUCCAACAACGAGAUGGAGGCUGACAUGGUCAACCUGCAGACUCAGAUCACCUCGAUGGAGAAGAACCUGAUGAACAUCGAGCAUGAGAACAAGAUGAUCGAGGAGCAGAACCAGGCUCUCUUCAUGGAGCUGUCCGGGCUCAGUCGGGCUCUCAUCCGCAGCCUGGCCAACAUACGCCUGCCACACAUGCAGGAGCCAAUCACGGAGCAGAACCUGGACAGCUACGUGAGCACCCUGACCGACAUGUACACCAACAAGGACUGCUUCCAGAGCCCCGAGAACAAGGCCCUGCUGGAGAGCAUCAACAAAGCUGUGAAGGGCAUCAAAGUCUGAGGCCGUCCCACCAGGCGAGGCGGAGUCGCAGGGACGUCGGCGUUCACACGCGUGUGAUUCGGCAGCAACAACAACAACAAAAAAAAGGGAAUUCAGGUUAUUUUAAUAAACACAACACAGGGAGCAAAUCUGCGAGAAGAAAAGUGACGAGGACCAAAACCCCAUCAUGCUGCGUCUGGGAUCAGCCAGGAUGUUUGACGUGUCGCCCACAUGCUCCUCCUUUCGAAAUGGAGGACGGCGCACCUGGACAGGAAGAUUGGUUCUGUAGCAUCCCCCCCCAACACACACACACACACACACCAGCAAUACGACGCAUGCACUGACCGGAAUGUUCUAGGGAUGCCGUCUAGAGUCGAAAGCGGCGAGCUGACCCAGGACCAGCGCAGGUUGUGUUCAACCUGAUGGCGUCCAUAAUGGGGGGAAAAAACAACUUUGUGUUUGUAUUUAUUUUUUUAAAGUCAUGGUGUGCUGACAUCAAAGCAUUUCUAUCAUAUUUCUUGUUAUAUAUGAAUUAUUUGUCAAAUUCUAACUUAUUGACAUUUAUGUUAUUGAGGUUUAUUUAUUUGAAGCAAUUUAUUUAUUGACUUUGUAACACUAAAAAAAAAAGCAUCUUUACAGAUUAAUAUGGAAGACGUCCAUAUUUUGAGAAUCUAUAUUGAUAUCCGUCGAGGCUUAUCUUUCUUUUGGAGUACUGUACUUUUUCAAACAAAUGUUUUAUAACAAAAAAAAAUUGGGGGAUUUUUUUUUCUUUGUUUUUUUAUUUUUUUUGGCGGUUUUCACUACUGAAAAAAAAGUCAAAGUAUGUAUUUAUUAUUUAUUUAAUAUGAAAGAAAAUGACUGACGGCUGUGUAUUUAUUUUGUUAUUUAUGUGCGUGACGAUGAGAAGUGAGUGAGUAGUCCACUGCUAACAUGGAAAUAAAGAACUCGGCACAGAUAUUGUUUGAUGACUUAGAUUACUGUACGCAGGGUUACGUUUAUUACUGUAAACAGACUUAUGUUCUUUACUGUACGCAUACUUAUGUUCUUUACUGUACGCAUACUUAUGUUCUUUACUGUACACAAUUAUGUUCAUUACUGUACACGGGCUUAUGUUAAUUUCUGUACGCAGUUAUGUUCAUUACUGUACACAGACUUAUGUUCAUUACUGUACAAUUAUGUUCAUUACUGUACACAGUUAUGUUCAUUACUGUACACAGACUAAUGUUCAUUAAUGUACACAGUUAUGUCCAUUACUGUACACAGAUUUAUGUUCAUUAUUGUACGCAUACUAAUGUU